AUGUCAUCUCCAAUCUCUAGCCCGGUAUCCCUCGCAGAAGAUGAAGCUCCGCAAGAUAUCUCGGGAUCCACAUUACCCAACUUCACAAAAGAAAACACACUCUAUUUCUUCGACGGCAAUAUCGUCAUCGCUGCUGCCAUUGGCAACGAAGAAGGCCUCAUCUUCCGCGUGCACAAGUCAUUGCUCUCCCUCCAUUCCCCAGUAUUUUCCGAUAUGUUCUCAAUUCCUGCUUCGCCGGAUGGAGCUUUGAAUCCCAACGACUUUUUUGAAGGCGUACCCCUUGUACGGAUGUACGACAAAGCAGCGGAUGUCUUUGACUUCCUUAGAAUCUUUUAUCAUGCACCAUCAUUUAUGCUUACACGCUACGACCCUGAGACCCCAAGGAAGAUCCAAGGAAUCCUACGUCUUGCCAAGAAAUACCAAAUCACCUUCUUAUCGGACAGAUUAAUCAAGCAAUUUGAAGCAGACUGGCCGCAAACCAUUCCAGAGUGGGACAGGCUUGAAGGCGAGGUAAUGCUUUGCCAGACACGACGCAGGACUGAGGAUCUAGAGGAACACAUUCCACCAUUCAAUGAUGAUAUUUUCCCCGAACCAGGAUCUGCUAUCCGUCUUGCUCGUGAAUUUCACCUGACCAACGUCUUACCGGCGGCAUUUUAUCAUCUUUCCCGACUCGAGAUAUCCUGCGACCGCAGUGCAAAGGAGAUUGACCGAGGCGUUGCUGCUCGCAUUGUUGAAGUUCAAGAAGAAGGCGGUCGCACUGCGGAUUGGUCAUUCUUGACCAACGGCGACCUCAAAUGCCUUCUACUUGGUCGGGAGCGCAUUCGGCAAUAUCUGCAAGGCAAGGCGACCCUGAGCGUAUUCCAUGUGUCGCUUAAAGAGGUCAACAUGUGCCAUCGUGAUUGUAACGCCGCGAGCUUAGAUUCCAAGCUUCAAUCGCUUGCUCGUUGCACAUCGGACGCUAUGAACGAUUUGAAGGCUCUUGUAGCUGAAGAUGGGGAGGCGAUAGAAGAAUUGUGCCCAACCUGUCAGCGCAGGGCUGGAGAAAUAGCGACUGGUUUGCGGAUGGCGAUUUGGGACAGCCUUUAUGAGUUUUUCAACCUUCCAAUCCCCUCGUACCUUGAGUAG